GCAUGUUGCUGCUGAGCUGAGCCGAGUUCGAGACUAAAAAUAUAUUUGUACGAGAUCUAAAUUGAUAUAAAAAUGGUCCACUUAUCUCUUGUGAGAAUGAUCAGGUCAAGGGGACCGGACAGAUAUUGGAGGAAGAGAUUCUACCUUGACCAGUCAACGCAAUACUUUGGCCGUAGGAGGAACUGCUUUUCAGUGGCUGUCAGAGCUGUGAGGAGGGCGUGGCAGAAUUCAACCGCCGGCCGCAAGAAGAAAAAGGGACAGAUGAGGAGGCUCUGGAACCUGAGAAUCAGUGCCGCUGUCCAGGAGCAUGGGUUAACGUAUGGACCAUUCAUUGGAAAUCUUUUGAAGCACAAUAUUCGGCUUGACAGGAAGGUCCUUUCUCAUAUAGCCAUCUAUGAACCAAAGACAUUUAAGUGUUUAGCUGAGCUAGCCAGCCAGAAGCACAAGGAAGGACUCUUAGCAACGCUCGCAAAGAACCCAGAGGGCUUCCUAUCAGGCCCCGUCACGCAAGACGACCUUUUGGCCGAGAGCGUCCGCAAACUACGACUGAGCUCCAACCCGUCUGCCUCGUCGUGACCUAAUGGUCAUGUGAUCGCAAAAGACUUUGAACAAUAACCCAAUUCAGUGUGUACUGUAGCUGAUGGGAAAGACUGAGAAAAACUGUUGGAUUUUUUUGCAGAUGGUCAACAAAAUGAAUCAAACAACUUUUUAUAUCAUAUGCCGUUGAGAAAUGAUGAUAAUGAUGGCCUCUUGUCGCGGCUCUUGCACUACAAUGUCUCACAAAUUCAACGUUCUUGGUCAGAACAUGCAUUUCAAAUUAAAGAUUAAAAUGAAUUAAGGAUCCAUCAUUAUCAACUUGCAUGUUCUGUGAUUCCAAAGAAAAU